AUGGACAACUUUGAGGCCCAGAUGAGCCAGAAGCUGAUGCGCGACUGCGACGGUCUGAACGUCCCUGAGAUGGAUGCCUACGGCACCAGCUGCACCUCCACCGGCUCAAUAUGGCCUUCACCUCCCCCCGAGGAGAUGUCGCCACGCCAGACCGAGCCUACUUCUGCUCACUGGCCUACGGUGAUGGAGCCGCAGCCGAUCCACGUGAGCUCAGAGCUCAUUGCGAAGAUGCCCUUCUUCAUGGAUUACUACAAGAACACCAUGUGCCAGUCCAUGGUCUUCAUCGACGGUCCCAGCAACCCAUAUAGGGAUCACAUUCUUCAGUUGGCUCAAGCUAGCCAAAGCCUGCAACACGCCAUCUGCGCCCUUUCGGCGUGCAACCUCCGCAUGAAGAGGCGGCUCAGCCUGGGACAGGAUACGCGCGAGCUGUCUGAGAAGCUGAUGGCUGAAAAGUCUGCGGCCGACGGCAUGACCGAUGCCCAGCCGGAGGACCAGUCUCUUUCCGAAGAAUACCAGCACCGCAAUCUGGCAGUGCAUCUCCUGAACCAGCAGCUCAAUGACCCCGUCAAGUCCAGCCACGACUCGGUCCUUGCCACAAUUCUCCUGCUGUGCCACUACCGUAUGGUGGAAUCGGGCAUUGCCAAAUUCCACACUCAAUUCGCAGGCGUCAAGAAGAUCCUUGCCAUCCGCCGCAGGUCGCAACAGUACGCGCCGUCGCGCGACUCGGCCUGGAUGGAGGCCAUCUUCACCUACUUUGAUGCCAUCUCGGCCAGCAUCAACGACCGCGAAGCGCAACUCACCGGCUUCUUUGGUGUUGCACCCGACGCCCCUCUCCUGCCGCCAGGCGCCGAGAACCUCGUGGGCUGCGAUCGUGAGCUCUUCAAGACUAUCAGCAAGCUUGGGCGUCUCAACCUCCUCUCACAACACCGUCCCGUUCAGAAUACCUCGAGCAGCACAUUGCCGCGCAACGUGCCGUCGCGCUCGCAGUCCCCGCUCGGCUCGCCCCUGGGCCAUGCUUACAAGGGCAGCAUCGGCAACCUCCAUCAGCAGCAGCUUGGCGACAUGUACGGCCUCGGUGGCGGUCACCGCUUUCGAUGGCAACGGCUUUGGCACACGCUGGAUGAUGAAGAACUUUUCAACUCGGCCGUCUGUUCGUCUGCCUCGUACGACGAACAGCGCAAUACGUUCUGGUGCGAGUGGAAGGAGGCGCGCCUCGCGCUGCAGUCGUGGGAAUUCGACGCCUCCCGCAUCCAGGCCUCGCUGCCCUCGCCGGCGACACCCUCGCAGAUCCGCGACCUUGGCUCCCUCUCCGAGGCGUUCCGCUACGCGGCUCUCCUGUACACGGAGCGUCUUGCGUCGCCCAAUGUGCCGUCGAACCACAGCAACUUCCAGAACCUGGUCUCGCAGGUGGUAUACUACGCAUUCGUCUCUCUAGGCAGGUUCCUCUGCAGAGAAGUUUCGUGCGGCUGGCCUCUCUUUGUCGCGGGCAGCGAGUGCGUCAAUGAGCUGCAGCAGAACAUUGUACGCAGCAAGUGCCGAGAUAUUAUGACACGAUCGGGCUACAUGAACAACCUCGCAGCACUCGAUGUGCUCGAGCGCCUGUGGGCCGGUGACUGGAAGGAGGGGCUCGAGGCACGCAGCCCUGGCGCCGCGCGGGUUGAGGCGAUGCGCCGCGGCCCCUUCAACUGGACGCGAUGCAUCGGCGGACCUGGCGUUGAGAUGACGGCGUCCGCCAGAUUUCCCGUGCGCCGGGCGGUACGAAUCGCCGCACGCAUGUGA